AUGGUUGGAGCCGUUGGAGGCCCUGUGGGUGCCGUGGCUGGAGCCGUUGCUGGCGGUAUGCUUGGAGCGGUUGCUGGAUCGGGAUUGGGCGCGUCCAUCGUGCAGAACUUUCGCUGCGAUGACGACGGUAUUGCCACCGAGUUGCAAAGUUCACUGAUCGACUUUGGUGAGAAAGAGCGUGGCGAGGUCCUGCCCAUUGAGGGGAAUUUCUUCCUGGGCAAGGGUGUGGAGGUCGGAGCACGAGCAGCCCUUUUCGAGAUGAAGAACGAAGGGAGCGACAAUAGCUUGUCUUACGGAAAAGUGGGAGCCAACGCCGGUGUCAGCAACAAGGGACUCGAUGUCGGUGUAGAAGGCAAAGUGAUGUGGGUUGAGGAAGAAACGGUCAAUGGAAGAAUGGGCGUGGGCCUGAAUGUGGACACAGGAGUGCAAGCAGAUGAACACGUAGGAGUAAACGAGGCAAGCGUUCGCUCUUUGAAGUUUGCGACAACCAAACGUGGAAGCAAGCAGGAUUUUAAAGGAAUCUAUGGAUACAAAGAGAUCAAAUUGAAACCGAAUGUUCACUGUAUCGAUGUGCUCGGAAACAAGCAGCAAACUGGUGACACGAAUACAGAGUGGCGACGGCUGGGCGAACGGGUUGCUCAAUACAUCGACGUCCAUCAGCAGAGCGCCGUCCUCGUUUCUACGAUGAAACUCGAACAUUUUCUUGUGAACGAGCAGAGGGAUAACCCGGACUAUGGUAACUCUGCUGGCUUUGAGCACGAAGGGAGACGUUAUACUGUGACAUCAUUGGCCUCGACGCAAAUCGAUCAGAUUCUACCUGAUGUCUUCGAAAGCGAAGAGUUCGUCUUUGGACUGAAUGCCUGGUUGUGUUUAUUCGAAGGACCGGAGUCCUCAGCCCAAAUGCUAUGUCGAGAGGAAGACACACCGUUCGUUCUUGAGACAAAACGAGUCAUUUCGAAUUUGAACGUUCUCACGGAGGUCGAGCUCAGCCUCGAGUGGCUCAUGGCCGGCUCGGAUGGAUGUGAGCUGUUGUGGUACAAUUUGAGAGUC